AUGUUGGUGGUAUUGUGGGGGGAGGGGAGGGGUAUUGAUGAUGUGUUGUUGUGGUUGUGGUGUGGGGGGUGGGUUUUGGGGGGGGUGUUGUUAUUGUGGGGUAGGGUGGGUGGGGGAGGUGGGGUUGGGAUUGUUUUGGGGAUUGUGUGGGGUGUGGUGGGUGUAGGGGGUUGUUUUGGGGUGGGGGGGGGGGUUGUGUGGGGAGUGGGUGGUGGUAGUUGUUUUGGGGUUGGGUGGGGGGUGGGGGGGUGUUUGGUGGUGUGGGGGGGGGGGGUGUGGGUUGGGGUUUUUUGGGGGUGGUGUGUGGGGGGGGUUGGUGUUUGUGGUGGGUGGGGGGGGGGGGGUGGUGGGGGGGUGGGGUGUGGGAUGGUGUGGGGUGUUGGGGUGUGGGGGGGUGGGGGAUUGGGAGGGGGGGGGGGGGGUUUGGUGAUGGGGAUUGUAUGGGUUGUUGGGGGUGGAAAUGGAGUUGGUGGGGGUUGGGAGGAUGGGUUGGGGGGGUUUGGUAAUGGGGGUUGUUGGGGGGGGGUGGUGGAGGGAUGGGGGUGGGUGUUUGGGUGGGGAUUGGGGGGGGGGGGGGGUGUUAUGGGUAUGUUGUGGUGGGGGUGGUGGGGAGUGGGUUUUGGGGGGUGGUGGUGGGGUAUUGGGAUUAGUAGUUUGGGGUUGGUGUUAGGUUGUUUGGUGAGUGGUGUGGUAUGUUAUGUUUGGUGUGUUGGUGUGGGGGGGGUUGGUGGUAUGAUGGUGGGGUGGGGUAUUUUUUUGGGGUGUGUGGGGGAGGGGGGUGUGGUGGUUUGGUUGGGUGGGUGUUAA